AUGGGAAGCCGGGGGCACUACCGAUACCACUGGCAGAGCCACAAUGUCAAACACAGCGGAGUGGAUGACAUGGUGCUGCUCAGCAAGAUCAAUGAGGACGCCAUUGUGGACAAUCUCAAGAAGAGAUACAUGGAUGACUACAUCUUUACGUACAUUGGCCCCGUGCUCAUUUCCGUCAAUCCUUUCAAGCAGAUGCCAUAUUUUGGAGACAAGGAAAUCGAGAUGUAUCAGGGUGCAGCUCAGUAUGAGAACCCUCCCCACAUCUAUGCUCUGGCGGAUAAUAUGUACAGAAACAUGAUGAUAGACCGUGAGAACCAAUGUGUCAUCAUCAGUGGAGAAAGCGGAGCAGGGAAGACUGUGGCAGCCAAAUACAUCAUGGGCUACAUAUCCAGAGUGUCAGGCGGGGGGCCCAGAGUGCAGCACGUGAAAGACAUCAUCCUGCAGUCCAACCCGUUGCUAGAGGCCUUUGGAAAUGCCAAGACUGUGAGGAACAACAACUCCAGCAGAUUUGGGAAAUACUUUGAGAUCCAGUUCAGCUCCGGUGGUGAACCAGACGGAGGUAAAAUCUCCAACUUCCUUCUGGAAAAGUCGCGUGUCGUCAUGAGAAAUCCUGGUGAAAGAAGUUUCCACAUAUUCUAUCAGUUGAUCGAAGGAGCCAGCGCAGAGCAGAAGAACAGCCUGGGAAUCACCAGCCUGGAUUACUACAGUUACCUCAACCAGUCCGGUUCCUACAAAGUGGACGACAUCAACGACAAGAGCGACUUCCAGGAGACAGUGCAUGCCAUGGAUGUGAUCGGCAUCACAGCAGAAGACAGCUCCAUGGUGCUUCAGAUCGUGGCCGGAGUCCUGCACCUGGGAAACAUCACUUUCAAGGAAUCGGGCAACUAUGCCGCUGUGGAGAGUGAAGAGUUUCUAGCAUUCCCCGCGUUUCUUCUUGGAAUUGACCAGAAGCGUCUGAAAGAAAAGCUGACGAGCAGAAAGAUGGACAGCAAGUGGGGAAGUGCGCUGGAAUCUAUUGACGUGACCUUAAAUGUGGAGCAGGCCUGUUACACACGGGACGCCCUCUCCAAAGCCCUGCAUUCACGUGUGUUUGACUUCCUGGUUGAGUCUAUCAACAAGGCCAUGGUGAAGGACCAUCAGGAGCUGAAUAUCGGAGUGUUGGACAUUUAUGGAUUUGAAAUUUUCCAGAAAAAUGGAUUCGAGCAGUUCUGCAUCAACUUUGUCAACGAGAAGCUCCAGCAGAUUUUCAUUGAGCUGACUCUAAAGGCGGAGCAGGAGGAGUAUGUGCAGGAGGGGAUCAAGUGGACUCCUAUAGAUUACUUCAACAACAAGAUUGUAUGCGAUCUCAUCGAGAGCAAAAAUCCCCCGGGUGUCAUGUGCAUCCUGGACGAUGUGUGUGCCACCAUGCAUGCAGUGGGCGAGGGCGCCGACCAGACCAUGCUGCAGAAGCUCCGAGUCCAGAUCAACACACACGAGCAUUUCAACAGCUGGAACCAGGGUUUCAUCAUCCAUCACUAUGCUGGAAAGGUGUCCUACGACGCCGAGGGUUUCUGCGAGAGGAACCGAGACGUCCUUUUUACUGACCUCAUUGAGUUGAUGCAGAGCAGUGAGACUGCCUUCAUCAGAGCGCUGUUUCCAGAAAACCUCAAUGCUGACAAGAAGGGUCGACCCACUACAGCAGGCAGCAAAAUAAAGAAACAAGCUAAUGAUCUUGUGAGCACGCUGAUGAAAUGCACUCCACACUACAUCCGCUGCAUCAAACCAAACGAGACCAAAAAACCCAAAGACUGGGAGGAGGGACGAGUGAAGCACCAGGUGGAGUAUCUGGGUCUGAAGGAAAACAUCAGGGUGAGGCGUGCUGGCUACGCCUAUCGCAGAGUCUUCCAGAAGUUCCUCAACAGGUAUGCCAUCCUGACCACCGAAUCUUGGCCGACGUGGCGAGGAGACGAGAAACAAGGUGUCCUGCAUCUCUUGCGCUCCGUCAACAUGGACCAAGAUCAGUUCCAGCUCGGCCGCACCAAAAUCUUCAUCAAAGCCCCCGAGUCGCUCUUUCUACUUGAAGAGACAAGGGAACGCAAGUUUGAUGGCUAUGCUAGGACCAUCCAGAAAGCCUGGAGGAAAUACGUGGCUCGCAAGAAGUAUGUUCAGAUGCGGGAAGAAGCCUCUGACCUGCUGUUGAACCGAAAAGAGCGGCGGCGACACAGCCUGAACAGAAACUUUGUGGGUGACUACAUUGGUAUGGAUGACAGGCCCGAGCUUCGAAAGUUUCUCGGCAAGAGAGAAAAGAUUGACUUUGCAGACAAAGUUACAAAAUAUGAUCGCCGGUUCAAGGGCAUUAAGAGAGACUUGAUCCUGACCCCUAAAUCUGUGUAUCUGAUUGGAAGAGAAAAGAUGAAAGAGGGACCAGAGAAAGGUCAAGUGAUGGAGGUUCUAAAGAGGCGGAUAGAUGUCGAGAAGAUUUUGGCGGUGUCACUCAGCACGUUGCAGGACGACUUCAUGAUACUGCACGAGCAGGAGUACGACAGCCUACUGGACUGCGUCUUCAAGACCGAGUUCAUCAGCCUACUGGCCCGGAGGUUUGAGGAGAAAACUCAGAGGAAGCUACCACUCAAAUUUAGUAACACACUGGAGAUGAAGUUGAAGAAGGAGAACUGGGGGUUCCUGAGUGGGGGCAGCUCCAGGCAGGUGGUGUUCGUGCAGGGUCAGGGAGACAUGCCUGUACUGAAGCCUUCAAGCAAAUCUCUGCAGGUCAGCAUUGGCCCGGGACUUCCCAAGAAUACCCGUCCUACUCGAAAGAGCUUCAGUCAGAGUCGUCCCAACAUGUCCAGAACCCACCAGAACAUCCCAUCACGAGCAGCUCCGGGACCUCCAGUGGCCCACCAGAACGGCGGCUUGAAAAACACCAACCACGCCGCCAACCAGAGGAACGCGCAGCACCACAGCCAGAGGCAACCCUCCCCUGGUCAUUCGAAUCGCCCCUUCCUGCCCAGCAACAUCAACCAGCCGAGGGAGCAAGGAGGCGGCAGCCGGCGGAAGCCAGACAUGGAGUGUCUGAAGGUUCCCGAGCAGGGAGCUGCGGGCACUGGAGACAGACCGACAGCAUCAAAUGGAGGAAUGGCCCAUAGACCGUCAGCCAAGAGACCCCAGCCGGGAGGGGGGCGGCCCAAGCCGGCGCCCAAACCCAAACCCCAGGUGCCCCAGUGCAAAGCCCUGUACGCCUACGACGCUCAGGACACGGACGAGCUCAGCUUCAACGCCAACGACGUCAUCGACGUGAUCAAAGAGGAUGCAUCCGGGUGGUGGACUGGACGGCUCCGUGGAAAGCAGGGACUUUUCCCCAACAACUACGUCACAAAGAUCUAGAGGCUGCCGGUUUGCAGCGCGAAAGGCGACUAGCCUGCUGUGUCCCCUCCCGGAGGACGGGGGCGGAGCCUAAAGAAGGAGAAGCACUGUGAGACACUUCCUCCACUACUGCCUUAUAUCAACGAAUGUAGCGGUCAGUCACGCCACCAGACCAAAGGACCAUCGGGCCUGAAACGGGGCGGCUCCCUGAAGACCAGAAUACUGCUUGACACCAGGGUCUGUUUCGCUCCACAGUCCCUUUGAGUACUGAACAAAACUAUUUAUUGUAUUUAUAGCUUCCUGUUUUUCUAACUGUCAUUAUUACCUUGCUGAGGAUUUAAGCUCAAACGUUUUUGAAGCGCUGGAAUGAGAUCUGGUUUUGGUUUGGGACCAGGCUGUGAUUUUUAACCCUCAACGUGUUGCUUUUAGAUGAAGGUGUGAUUGUUGAAGGAAACACGGUGAUCUCGGUGUCCAAACUGAAGGGACCGCUGUACUAGGAAUAUUUAUUUUACUACACAAACCGUAUCUCCAGGAACAGACUUCCAUUCAAUCACAACGCUGUGAUUUUUCUUUUACGAAAUGAUUUUAAAAUGCCAAAGCAAUGUACAUUGUUUUUAAUAGCCUGUUCUGAAAGCUGUCAGAUGGCAUUGCAGUAAAGUGGUGAUUCACCUGGAAAAUCUUUUUUUAUUUUUGAUUUUGCUGUUGUCCUGUUACAUCACAUUUUCUGUAACCUGAGCGUGCUGUCUGUGGUGUAUUAGCACUUUAUUGGUACAGGUACUACCUUGGACACAGACACCUUAACUCGUUCAUGCCACAGCCAGUAAGUCAAGUCUAUGAAGGACAGAUUGCCAUGCUAGCAAUAAGCCUAGAUAGUAAUGAAAAUGAAUUGUUUACAUGAAAAGGUGAUAACAAACAGGCAUAACUUGGAUCGAUCUGAUUCUGUAUAUGUGUUCAAAUGUAGGAGUUUGCCUGUUUUGGGUAAAAUUUAAAUGAAUUUUUUUCUAAUUUUGUAUUUUAUCUAAAAGAUCCAAGUAUACUUUUUUUCUGCUUUUCAUACUCACAAGGCUGCUUUUUUCCCCAUUUUAGCUAUGUUAGUUAUGGUUACCACAAACUUGGGUGAAUGUUGUAUUUUUUCUUGUUCUAUCAAGUACAAAAGUUGUGUUUGGUGAAAGAUUUUUUAUUUUUUUCACGCUGCAAAAUCUACUUUUGCUUCUGCUCCACUGUUUCUGCACAUGGUUCGCACUGCUGUCGCAGUACUUUCACAUUCCUCGGUUGCUUUUUAAUCACAUAACCACAUAAUGCCGUAGUUAGUCAAAUCUCGCUGGGACUUCUGUCACUGAGCUGCAUCAUUAAAGUUACUUUGGUCUUGGGUGGCUCCACACAUCCUUGUGCAAUAUACAUCAAUAGAAGUUUCUUUUAAUAAAGCAUGUAAUACUGCAUCUGUUA